GGGCUGAUUCAUGAGGUGUUCACUACCAUACUGCGUGGCUUAUCUGGUGCAAAAAUUACUAGACCUGGAAAAUUCCGUAGCUGUCAAGAUGGUUAUGCUGUCAAAUCAUCUUUGAAAGCUGAAGAUGGUGUCUUGUAUCCUCUUGAAAAAAGUUUCUUCUUUCUUCCCAAGCCUCCUACCCUUAUUCUUCACGAGGAGAUUGACUAUGUUGAAUUUGAGAGGCAUGCUGCUGGUGGGUCAAAUAUGCAUUACUUUGAUCUUCUCAUAAGACUGAAAACUGAACAAGAACAUCUCUUUAGAAAUAUCCAGCGGAAUGAAUACCAUAAUCUUUUUGACUUUAUCAGUGGGAAGGGUUUGAAAAUUAUGAACCUGGGAGAUGCCAAGGCUAGAGAUGGUGUGGCGGCUGUCCUCCAAGAGGAUGAUGAUGAUGCUGUUGAUCCGCAUCUUGAGCGCAUUAGAAACGAAGCUGGUGGAGACGAGAGUGAUGAAGAGGACGAAGAUUUUGUGCUUGACAAGGAUGAUGGGGGUUCUCCAACUGAUGAUUCUGGCGGGGAUGAUUCUGAUGCUAGUGAAAGUGGAGGUGAAAAAGAG